GAGUUGGGGGAAGCAGCAGACGUUUAGUUUAAAGGAGGCUGCUGUUGGUGUGAGCGUGGUGAAUACAUCAUACACAUUAAGACAAGGGUUAGCAGUGGGCUGAGCAAGGUACUGAACUGAUGGAUCGCUUGGAUUUCUGAUAACACUUUCAGGCUGUAUCGCUGGAUGAGCUGAUACUAUAGGGCGAAGGUUUCAUAUUUGUAUAUAUUGUACGUGAAAUUAAAAAAAGGUUACAGAUCGCGCUCGCAGAAAACCUCUCCAAUCGUUCAACUGCUGUGAAUAAAAGUGAGGGCAAAGCUUGGCUCGCCGGUUAAAAGGGUCAGUGCCCAAAACUAAAUGGAUCUGAACUGGAAUAAUUUGCAUCGUUGGUUCGUACAGCACGUUGGAGUGCCAAAGUGCUGAAUCUACUUAAUGAAACAAAGCUGUUCAUAUUUGAUGUGCUGAAAGAAGCUGAGCCGCAAUGAUUUCUACAGCCUUGUACUUCGUUCUGCCCAUAAUAGAUGCGGUAGUUCAGACUGCAGGUGUGAAUCCCGUCUCUGCCUUUAACCGCGUUGACUGCGUAAAGGCCAAUGAACUGUGUACCAGUGACUUGGCCUGCAGCAGCAAGUACCGUACCCUUCGGCAAUGCCUGGCCGGUAGUGCUAGCAUGGUCACCGGACCUGAAGCCAAGAACGAAUGCAUCAGCGCCAUGGAGGUCGUCCAACAGAGCCCGUUGUACAACUGCAGGUGUAAAAGGGGCAUGAAGAACGAGAAGAGAUGUCUCCGAAUAUACUGGAGCAUUCACCAAAGUUUCAUGCAUGGGUUUACAAUUACAGGUCAUGAUCUGGUGGGUUCCCCCUAUGAGCCACUGAACAAUAGGCUUUCAGACAUAUUCAGGGCAGCAUCCAUCAUCUCAGGUGCAGAAUCUAUAGGUCCGAAGGGGAACAAUUGUUUGGAUGCUGCCAAAGCUUGCAACCUAAAUGAUAACUGCAAAAAAUUCCGAUCGACAUACAUCUCGCUCUGCGCAGCCCAUGUUUCUGCAUCAGAGAUUUGCAACCGGAGAAAAUGCCACAGAGCCCUGCGACAAUUCUUUGAUCGUGUUCCUGCAAAAUACACCUAUGGAAUGCUGUUCUGCUCCUGCAGGGAUAUGGCUUGUAUAGAACGGAGACGACAGACAAUUGUGCCUAUUUGCUCAUACCAGGACAAAGAAAAGCCAAAUUGCUUGUCUUUGGCUGAUACGUGCAAGACAAAUUACAUCUGCAGGUCACGGCUUGCAGAUUUCAUCACAAACUGUCAGCCAGAACCUCGUUCUACAAGUGGCUGCUUGAGGCAGAACUAUGCAGCCUGUUUACUUGCUUACUCAGGACUCAUAGGAACUGUCAUCACCCCAAACUAUAUUGAUUCCACUGGCAUCAGUGUGGCACCAUGGUGCACUUGUAUUGGAAGUGGAAACCAAAAGGAGGAGUGCGAUGAGUUCCACAAUUUCUUCAAGGACAACCGAUGUUUCAAAAAUGCCAUACAAGCAUUUGGUAAUGGCACUGAUGUGAAUGUUUGGCAGUUAAUGCCACCUGCACAGACCACAGCAUCAUCCAAACAGAACUACACACCACAGCAUAAUUCUGAGUCAGUGAGCUAUGGCAAUGAAAUUCACACAGCAGAUGAUGACAGUGUCUUUCCUUUAUGUGCAAAUUUACAGGCACAGAGAUUACACUCCAAUGUAUCAGUGAACCCGGACCUUUGUAUUAGAGAGGUGGUAGAGGUCACGGAUUUGGAAGGUGCUGUCGAAGGAACCUUGACACAGAUCUCUACUUCAAAUGAUAAGGAGAUUGCUGCUGUACAAUCCAAAGAACAGACAUCUCCAAAGAGUUCAUCUGCUGACAGUCCAGAGAUUCACAUCAGUGCAAUGCUGUGGAUGAUCACCAUUGCACAUUCAACUUUUCCUUGCUUCUAUUCAACAGAAACAUUGUAGUUGCAUAAAAGGACCUGUACAAAAUCUAUUCCCUGUCCAUUUUAUUUUUCAAAAAUUCUAGUCUACAGACUGUGGAGGCACCAUGCUGAAGCAAAUUCAUUGUAACGGGGUGUGGGGAGGGGGGGGGAAGCUUCUUGUGAAUUAGGGGCUAUGUGAUACUUGAUGCAAUCCUACAUUCCAAACAGAAACCUUGUGGGCAUGUGGAGUUGACGGACCCGGAUUUAAUUGUGGCUGUACAUAUUUUUGCCCUAGCCUUAAGCUGGGAGCUUGAAAGCAGUUUACGUUGAAUCCUGUGUGCAUUGUCCACACAACUGCUUUACUGAAUCUGACAAGUCAGGUACAGCACAGUCGGGAUGUCACGUUAUCUCCUCUGACAAUGGUAUUGUUCAGCAACAGUUUUCACCUGCGGGGUGGGAAGACAUACAGUUGUUUUUUUCCCCCUUUUGUUUGUUGGAUUGCUUCAGAUGUUUUAAUCUUUUCCAAUACAUCCAUAUUCCCUGCAAUGUUUAUGUAAAUGGUCUGCACUCAAAACUGAAACAAAACAUUACCCAUGUCACAAGCCACUGUAAAGGCUUUUACUUUAUCAAGAAUCUCAAAUUGUGAUGUGCUUAAGAUUCUUUAAACAGUGAUAUUUACAAUUGCAAAAAGAAGUUAUUUUAAAGUUAGCCUUAAUAAACAGAAGUUUGUAUUCCUUUAAACUAAUGUCAUUAAUACAAGCACUUAGUGAGCAACAUUGUCAAAGCUGAAGAGCCCUAAUAAUGUAACAAAGUGUACUCUGGAUUACUAAUGUUGUACAGUAAUUCACUCAGUGGCUAGCAACCUUUUAGCUUAUAUGUUGGUAAACAGCCACAGUUUUGGGAAAUAGUCAGGAUUCAAACUCCUGAAUUUGACAACUAAGUAGAAAUGAAGAGGGAGACUCCUUCAGCUGUAACCAACAGUGACACUGGAAAUAAUGGAAAAUUUAUGUCAUAUUUUACAAUGGAGCAUUAAAACAUGUUUACACAUCAAA